UUGUUUAGGUUUUCUGUAUCAGUGCACUUGAGAUGAAAAACAAUUACUAUACUGAGAAUUCUCUCAAGAGGUUUUCUCUUCAAGCAGUAAUAGCCAGCUCUGAUAAUAUGAAACUUGUUCAGUCCUUGCGAGGGCCAAGAGGUGGCAUGAUCUUUUUCAAGAAGGAGCCAGUUCUUGGAGUUGAUUUAGAAUCUGCCAUCAAUAAUGCCGUUGUCCCAGGCUUACAGGGUGGUCCUCAUAACCACACAAUCGGGGGACUUACAGUUUCCUUAAAGUUUGCCCAGUCGCCUGAAUUUAAGGAUUACCAGAACAAGGUUGUCUCUAAUUGUAAAGCUCUUGCAAGCCGAUUGAUUGAAUUAGGGUACAAGCUGGUUUCUGGUGGGAGUGAUAAUCACCUUGUUCUUGUAGAUCUGCGGCCACUGGGGAUCGAUGGUGCUCGGGUGGAGAAAAUUCUUGAUAUGGCUUCCAUCACCCUCAACAAGAACUCAGUUCCUGGUGACAAAAGUGCCCUAGUCCCCUGGUGGCAUACGGAUUGGGUCACCUGCUAUCACAACCCGAAGUUUUACUGAGGAAGAGUUCCAAGCAACUGCGGAUUUUAUCAAUGUAAGGCGUUCAAAUUACUCUUGAAGCUAAACGUUCCGCUCCGGCGUCAAAGCUUCGAGAUUUUCUGAACUUUGUGAAAUCUCCCGACUUUCCUUUGAAGGAAAAAGUCUCAGAUCUUCGUCGGAGAGUGGAAGCUCUCACUACUCAGUUCCCCCUGCCUGGACUGUAAUUUUUACUGCUAACCUUGGCUUGGGGUAAAAAAAACAAAAGGAACUGAUGGCAGAAUGCUGUCCCAAUUUUGGUUCUGUGGGAAGUCCUUGUCUCCUUUGCAAGUGUUAUACCAGCCAUGAUUGUCAGUAACGGUUUUUAGUGUACCGGUCGACAGUUCAGAAAAUAAAAGAAAUGAGGUGGUCAAGCUUCGGGGACUGUCAUUUCUCACGCUUUUUUUUUAGGAGUUUUCACUGAGAUUUUGGGAACUCUUUCUCAAACAUAGCUAUUCUCCUGAUCCGCAAAUGCGAAACGAUGCAAUGACAAUGAUUUGUGUACCAAACUUUUGUCGGUAACAUCAAUCUUGUCUUUUCUCUAAGUCAAA